GCCAUUCAUUCAAUUCAUUCAUUCAUUCAUUCAACUGAACACAAACAAAAACAGUGUGAACAUUCCUAAGUCACACUUCUGAGAAAUAUACUGAGUGUUUGGUUGUAAAAACGUACCAAACCUUUCAGUGGUCGGUUGUUACGUAAUAAAAUGUCUUCAGACGAGGAUGACUACAUGUCAGCUGCCUUCAUUGUUGACAGCCCAGCUCAAGAUGUACGACCCGGUCUCCUACACAACCGUAAUCAGCAACGCUCUCAUGAUAACUACAAGAAAAAGCAAGUUCAGGAUGCUGAGUCGAGAGAGAAACAGCAGCCAGUCAGAGUGAUCGAAGCACAGCGAAGAGAGCAAGGAUUACAAGAAGCCUUAGGAGCUAGCAAUAAAGGUUUUGCUUUGCUCCAGAAAAUGGGGUACACACCAGGCACAGCUAUUGGAAAGUCGGGCACAGGAAAUGUAGAUCCUAUUCCUUUGCAACUUAAAACUGAUCGGCAAGGACUUGGUCGAGCUGCUGCCAUUGAGGAACUUAAAGAGGCCAAACGCCUAUUCAGAGCCAAGAAACAGAAAUCAGCAAAAGGAGCAGAAGUCAGUAUAGAGCAGUUUCGCGCUCGGAUGAAGCAAAAAUCUGAUCAAAGAUUGGUGGAGAUCGAUCUUUUCAAAAGCCAGAAAUCUUGUCAUCAACUUGACACAAAUGAGGGUCUGAGUAAACCUGAUGAAUGUUGGUUUUGGCCAAAAAUUAAAACUUCUAAAAGGAAAAAGGUUGACUGUGAAGGGUCUGAGGAGGAGAAUUCUUCUGAACAAGGCACUUCACUACGAGGUGAUUCCAAAGAAGAGGAAGAGGAGGAACAGGACGAGGAUGGAGAAGAAGAGGAAGAGGAUGACGAGUUUGAGGCAUCUGAAAAGCUAGAAAUGCUCACAAAGUACUUAAGAAGAUCAUAUAAUUAUUGUGUAUGGUGCUGCUUGAAAUUUGAUGAUGAGAAAGACAUGCAAAAUGAGUGUCCAGGCCCAACACGGGAUGAUCAUUAGUAUUUUAAGUAUUAUCUUUCUCUCUAGAGAUAUUGUUCCAACAAUAUCAUCUUUCGUACCUGAAGUUAUUUAUUUGUCAGAAAUAAAAAAUAGAACCAGUUGGAGUUUC